AUGCCUGACCCAGAAUCUGAGAUACUGCGGCCACUCGACGCCUCCAAUACCAAUUCCGACGACUGGGAGAUAUUUAUCUUGAGCGAUGCGCGAAUCGUCUUCGAGAACAAUGGCAAACCUGCGAGUCUUCUUGCUGCAUAUGCAGACACACCACUCAGGGUGGAAGGGCGAUUAGAAAGCCCUGGGCGUAGCCAGCUGAAAUACUUCUUGAAGAAACCCUAUAAGCCCACAGACAUCGAACUGCGAAACGUAACACGCUUCUCCUACGGCGAAAUGACUGACGGAGCAUAUGUAAUCUGGGCGCAAGGCAACGCAGGCUGGUUCGAAAUACGGCCGGCGGCGCAGUACAGUCAGAUAUACAACGAGAUGGUCCAGGCUGUGGAACUUCUAUACUUCGUCACCGACAUAUAUAGCGAGUCGCGGAAGAAGGGUAGUGGGCCUAGUUCAGAAUUGGUCUUUCAAGAGAAAGACUUCGACAAUUGCAAAGCACGUAUCGAGGGCCGCUAUUCGCAAAUCCAGCCUGAACGUUCAGCACAACCUUCCAAAUUCACGUCGGCAACCACAACAGGCUCCAAGUCAACGCAAACAAAUGCGAAAGCACAGACAGCCCACGGAAAGGUUACGAUAACGAAGCCAGUAGAAGCGCCAAAGAAGGAUGACAAUUGGUGGGAGGCAGCCGCUCUCUUCGAAUUCAUGCAGAAAGCAGUGAAUCAACGGGUUCUGCGGGCAGGCCGAAACCAAAUCACGGUAGACCGGGUUGCAGAACUUGUUGUCAGGCGAUACGAGAUUGAAGAGGUGGAAAUUGCAAAAAACGUGCUUUUGGUACAUGCACAAAAUUUAUGUUACAUGAUGGAACAUCCCCGCCGGAAGGCCGUACAAUUCUUUGCUUCCGAGCCGAUCUACAAAGGACUAGCAGCUGGACACGACCUAUCUGCAGCCGAACAAAGACGAGCUGAAGGUGUCGAGUUGAAACCACGGAGAGAUCACGGAACUCUCAGAGAUGGAGAGAAUGAAUCUUCAGACACAUCUGACGAAGAAGACGCGAUAACAACACCUGUACGCAGGCCACCAGGUAGGCGGAAGCAAGGUCGGCUAUCUGUGCUACGACCUAGGAGUGGAAAGUUUUCUGGCAAGAGUAAAGGGAUUAGCAUCAAGCCAGGCAGACAGAAGGGGGGGAAGGGGAAGGCGCCUGUACCAGCAAGUGACGAUUCGGAAGUCCAGCAAAGCGACGAGACGACCAGUAGCGAGGAAGACGAGGGAAUUGACACACCGACGCAAGCCUUAUCGCCAAGUCGUGAGAAGAGAAAACUAGAUGACAUGGAUGCGGACCAAGAAGAAAGAGGCCGGUGGAAACGUACAGUCAGUGCAUCUGCGGCUCCCGACUCUCCUCCUACAACCGGCGACUCGGAUUUGGAAGAAGCUACCGCUGUGCCACCUCUACCACUCCGUUACCGGCCAUCCAACGUCCCCCCGCAUGUUAGGCCAGCGUCAUCGUCAGCGAAUACCAGACUAAUGGUAUCACCACCGAUAGUAUCAACACCAUUACCAACCUACGAACCGAACGGCCCGCGCGACUCGUGGAUUUGUAGUUUCGACGGCUGCACUCAGAAAAUUUAUGGAUGUAGUAAGGAAUUGGGCAGGCAGUUGAUCACAGAGCAUCUAGAGGAUCAUAGUAGAGGGCGAGAGAAGGUUGUAGGUAUCCUUUGGAGAGAACAGGAUAGGUUGAACCUCCCUGUCAGCAAUCUGAUCAAGAAGAUUCGCGAAAUGAACGAGGCGUCCACACCGCUGUUCCCGAUGCCUGGUGCUUCGACGACGGCGGUGCGGCCCAUACAGAGACCUUUAUAG